AUCACAGGCUGACCGCGAAGACCCGCAGCAACAAAACCGACGACAUGGCCGAACAAAAGACAGCGCUCACUAACCCCAUGAAGGAGCUUAGAAUCGACAAGCUCGUCAUCAAUAUCAGUGUCGGAGAAUCAGGAGAUCGUCUCACCCGUGCCUCGAAAGUCUUGGAACAGUUGACUGGUCAAACACCAGUUACCUCCAAGGCACGUUAUACCGUUCGUCAAUUCGGCAUUCGACGAAACGAGAAAAUCGCUGUACACGUUACCAUUCGCGGACCGAAGGCAGAGGAGAUUCUUGAACGCGGUCUCAAGGUAAAGGAGUACGAGUUGAGGCGAAAGAACUUUUCAGAAACGGGCAACUUUGGCUUCGGUAUACAAGAGCACAUUGAUCUUGGUGCCAGAUAUGACCCUGGUAUCGGUAUCUUUGGUAUGGACUUCUAUGUGGUCAUGGGGAGACCAGGGAUCCGGGUUGCAAGGAGAAAGGAACGGCAGUCUCGGGUUGGUGCUCCGCACCGCGUCAACAAGGAUGAUACGAUGGCGUGGUUCAAGCAGAGGUUCGAUGGUAUCAUAUUGAAAUAAUGUUCCAUAUCUCCGUCGCGUCACUAUGAUAAGCCAUUGCCUUUCCUGUAUGCCUCGCACUAUUAUCAUUACACCUAUGUGCAACUGCAUGCUUCCCCGUGUCAAAAUGUUCAACUUUAUUGCUGAAGACCUAAUUUCUGGUGUCAG